AUGGCACUGAGCGGCUGUUCGAGCGGACUGGUGGUGACGGCGGUGGUGGCGCUGCUGCUGCUGCCGGCGCAGUACUACGUGCCCGACCUGUACGCCGGCGUCGAGGUCCCGCUGGCCGCGACCGACCCGCUCGACACGCCCGCCGCCACCUUCGGCUGGUUCGAUCUUGCGUUCGUUCACUUGCCGCCGCUUGAUCUCUUCGCCACAGUCUCAUUGUUGGCGCUGGGAAUGCUAACGUACCUUUGCGAGUGGAUUCAGAGGAAACUGAUGGAGAGAAGAAUUGUAAAGGUGGGUAUACAUCGUUUCAGAUUGCCAACACGAUCCAGGGACCUUGCACUACAUAGUGUAACAUGGGACGUGUCGUUGCAGCUGAACCAGCAGCUGGGCGCGAGCGUGGAGCGGCUGCGCGCAUGGGACGCGCAGCAGGAGCAGCUGGAGGUGACGCUGAAGAUGGUGCAGAACGCGACGUCGGAGUACAACCUGCUGCUGUACCUGCUGCUGCGCCAGCAUCGCUGUCUGGCCGCGCACACCGGCCCGCCCUCCAACUGCUUCUUCGACAAAGGGCUCGAAGAAGAUCUCACUUUUUUAAGGAACCCCACGCUCGACGCGUAG